UGAAGAUCGCAGGUCUUCUCACCUCUGAUGAAACAAAGGCAUCAUGGGAUACCCUAAACACAAACGAUAAAACAUCGAGUUCAGGCACAGAGAAUGCUGGGGGGAAAAAAAGCUCCAGCGCUUCCUUGCUGAACCUAUUUGAAUCAGUUGCCGCCUUCAUUGUCAAUGAAUCCUUCUCUGUUGAGACACCUUUUAUUCAUCUGAAUAGAACUCAGUUGAAAAACAAAAUAACUUUCAACAAUGUCUUUAACACCUCGAUGGAAAUAGACAUACCAGAGACCAGAGGAAGUCAAUACAUUACCACGAUCGUAUUCGCGUCCAUGGAUAACGUGCUCCCUCCAAGAGAUGAAGACAACUCCUCAUCCAUGGUUAUCAACGGAAAGGUUGUUCUCGCUAAGACAGCAGCCAAAAUCAGAAAUAUAUCAAUAACAUCAGGAAUUCUGAAUGUCACCCUGGGAAACCCAAAGUGUGUUUUCUGGAAUUUCACACUCUUUGAUGGUCUUGGAGGAUGGAGCAACUCUGGCUGCUCUCUGCUGUCCCACAACAAUGAAACCAUCAGCUGCAGCUGCAACCAUCUCACCUCCUUCUCCAUGCUGAUGUCCCCUGAGAUUAUUGAGGAUAAAAACAUCAAGGACAUAACGAUAAUUGGAGUUGGCAUAUCCAUGGCUUCUUUGGUCAUAUGUCUUAUCACUGAAGUUCUCACUUGGAAAAAAAUAAGUACCAACACCACYGCCUUCCUGCGUCACGUUUCCAUCAUCAACAUCGCCAUUUCUCUCCUGAUUGCAAACAUCUGGUUCAUCAUCGGAGCGUACAUUUCAGACGCCGAUAAGAAGAAAAACCCUGCCCUGUGUGCAGCCGUGACCUUCUUCAUCCACCUCUUCUACCUCGCCAUGUUCUUCUGGAUGUUGGCCUCAGCCCUGCUGCUGCUCUACCGCACCGUCUUCGUCUUUGAGGGCGGAUUGUCCAAAACGUCCAUGCUGGGUAUUGGAUUUGUUCUGGGGUAUGCUGUGCCUCUGGUCAUCGCCGUAACAACCAUGGCAGUGACUGUCCCGUCACAUAAAUACAUCAGAGAAAACCAUGGCUGUUGGCUGAACUGGGAGGACUCCAGAGCUCUGUUGGCUUUUCUGGCUCCUGCACUUGUGGUUGUGGCAAUAAACUUCCUCAUCCUGCUAGUUGUGAUUUAUAAAAUGGUGAGCAGAAGAGGAGUAAGAAAUACAGGACAAGGUAAAGAGCAGCAUGUUCUGGUGGUGAUUGCCAGGAGUUUGGCUGUGCUCACACCAUUUUUCGGACUGACUUGGAGUUUGGGAAUCGGAACCAUAAUUGCCCCCAAAAACAAGGAGGUUAAUUUUGCUUUUGUAUUCUUCAAUUCACUGCAGGGUUGCUUCAUUUGGGUGUUUGGAACACUCCUGGACAAAAAGGUACGAUCAGAAACUAUAAAAUAUCUGAGCUCUCAGGAUAAGUUGGUGACUGGUUGAUGACGUCACACUGUUUCAACUGUCUGCAUGUGCCGGACAAGUUCCUCUGUGAGAAGAUUGUUUUAACCAUUUUCAUCGCCCCUCAUUUUUUGACAUUUCUUUUGGUUUAUUGGAUUCCAAGAUUGUAAGUUGACAGGACUUCAGCCAAUUGGUCAGUUUAUACCCUUUUGACCAGUUGGUUCUUGUCAGAUCUAGGAAAGUUUGACUUUUUUUUUUCUUGUUCUCCACUGAACUACGUUAGGAGCCAUACAUGUCUUUUCACACGUUGAGGUCCGGUAGACUCGGUUUGACUGGGGACCAAAAUUGCCACAUUUGUUAUAUUUUCAGCUGCUGGGUUUCACUUUCACACUGCACUGUCAAAUGAACCAAACCCUUUGAAAAACUGUUCCCCUCCUAGCUUGUGGUGGCGCUGCACAGAGAACCACUGAAGCAAGACCCUUUUUUGCAAAAUGUAAACAAAAAUGUAUUAGAUUUUAGUAGUUGUAGUAUUUCUCUUUUGUCUUUGGUGAAAGACCACAAGCUUUUCCUUCCACAAGUGUUUGUUUUGGUUGUGUUUAUCAAGAAUACCCUGCCCUAUUGUCCACUUCCUGCUUUUGGAGAAGUUUCCAUUCCAUUUGAUAUUCGAAUGCAAACCUGAUGCUGUUUGCAUUCAAACUGCAUCAGAGCUCACUUAAACUGAACAGAGACCGAGGUUUUUAGAUGGACCAGAGUUUGCUUUUUUUGUUCCAAUCACACAUUCACAUGUCUCCAAACGAAUAGGACUUCAGAACUAGAUCAAAGCAAACUAAACAGAUGUGAAUGCAUCUUAACUUUAACAAGAAAAUGCUGAGUAUUACUCUGGAACUAUCAAGAGAGAAUUCAGUUCAGGAUUUUUGGACAAAACUGGUGCAACAAUGAGUCAGGGGUAUAGUGAAAUAUAAUUCAGGACCAAAAUAAUCUUAGUUGAACACCUAUAUGUUUUUAAUGGCUCCAAUUCAGGAAAUCAAACGAGUUCAAUGCAAUGCAGUUUAGCACUGCAUCUCUGAAUGUCACCACCAUCAACUGACCCCACCCAAGAACUCAUACAUCUGUGGAUUUAACUGACAAAAGUCCACUCAGUAUCUUGGUGUCAUUGUUUUAGUCCUUUCAGUCACCAUGCUCUUCUAUGUACCAGAGUCUAUCACAAUGAUGACCUGCUAUUGAUUACAUUUUUGCUCUAGAAUUACUUUGUUAUUUACACUACUUACCCUGUUUCCCUGAUAGUAAGACACCCCCGGUUGUAAGACRUAUCGGGGG